ACAAAUUCCAUCGUUCUUCUGCUCGCCGUCCACGUUAUCCAUUUCGCCUGCUUUUCUCGAUUUUCUUCUCUACUUCGAGCUCAAUAAAAAAAAAUGCACAGCUCGAUGUCAACGACCGCGUUUUCCGUCCUCCUCCCCCAUUUCUACCAUCCACCUUCUUCACCGAAUCCCCAUGUCUCCUUCUCCCCUUCCAUUCCCGGUCUUAGGGUCAGAGUUAGCGUCAAGCUUCCGUUUCGCAGGACCCUCGCCCGCUGCAGCACCACGGAGCCCCCCAUGCCGCCCAGCUCCACGGCGGAAUACCCCUCCGCGGUGGACUGCGUCGGCACAGGCUCCGAUGUCGAGUGCUACGCGGUGGAUGUGACUUCCUCCGACGAGGCCGACCGGCUCCUGCCUCCGAUUGCGAAUAAGACCCUGUUGAGCUUCGAGGUCGAUCGAGGCGGGGAACGGGAGGACUUCAGUGCCGGGUUGGUAGGAAAGGCGCUGAGCUGGGCUCUCCUUGUGUCUCCGUUCUUCUUCUGGGGCACGGCCAUGGUGGCGAUGAAGGGGGUGAUCCCCAAGACGGGACCUUUCUUUGUCUCCGCAUUCCGCCUGAUCCCCGCAGGGUUGAUAUUGAUUGGAUUUGCGGCGUCCAGGGGUAGGAAGCUGCCGGCGGGGACGCUGGCUUGGCUGUCCAUCUUUUUGUUUGCCGUCGUGGAUGGUGCGUUCUUUCAGGGAUUUCUUGCAGAAGGAUUGCAAAAGACGUCAGCUGGGUUGGGUAGUGUUAUCAUUGAUUCACAGCCUUUAACAGUUGCCAUACUUGCUACAAUCUUAUUUGGUGAAUCAAUUGGUGCCAUUGGAGCUGCAGGACUUGUUCUUGGCAUCAUUGGACUUCUUUUUCUUGAGGUUCCAGCACUUUCAUUUGAGGGGAGUAGUUCUUCAAUAUGGGGCAGUGGGGAGUGGUGGAUGCUUCUUGCAGCACAAAGCAUGGCAGUGGGAACUGUUAUGGUCCGCUGGGUGUCCAAGUACUCUGAUCCUGUCAUGGCAACUGGAUGGCACAUGGUUAUUGGAGGGCUUCCUAUGUUGGCUAUUUCUGUUCUCAACCACGACCCUGCUAUGAAUGGAAAAUUAGUUGAUCUUACUGCUGCCGAUAUUCUUGCUCUUUGCUACACCUCUUUAUUUGGAAGUGCAAUCAGCUAUGGUGUAUUUUUCUACUUUGCAACUAGAGGUAGCUUGACAAGACUUAGCUCUCUCACUUUUCUAACACCAAUGUUUGCCUCAAUUUUUGGGUACCUCUACCUUGGCGAAACAUUUUCCUCGAUCCAGUUUCUUGGUGCUUUAAUCACCAUAGUAGGUAUUUAUAUGGUAAACUACAGAGGCACGGUUGACAAAGCAUGAAUGAAGGAGCAUGUGAUACUGCGGUAUUUGACUAUUUGGUAUAGGAAAUGAAGGUGUUACUUAUUCGAGACACACAGCAUCUAGAAUUGGGAAAGUAUUUUUUGGAAUCAAGGCAUACAAAAAGGCUAGAAGUUCCCAUUUAUAUAAUUUCGUGAAUAGUCAAGCUCUCAACUGAGGUUUGCCCGAAGUUCAAAACUGAGUUGAGGGAUAAAACAGGCAAUGUCGGUUGAUCUCCAAUGGUCAAUAAAGUUGGUUUUGCAGUUGAUCAUGUAGAAUCAAUCACAAGAUUGGCAUGACUGCAUUCAAUCUCACAAUACAUACAAAUGUAUACAUUUAAUUCAUACCAAAUUGUAUUUGUGCCUUUUUAGCCCUCUGCAAGGAAUAUUAACCAAACUGCGUUCAGUAUCCUGUAAUUUUUGUAUAUGAAUGUGUCCGAAACUUCAAGAAUUACCAUGAUGAUUUACGAGUUUUAUA